UUAUGUCUGCCAGCAGCCCUCGAUCCUUAUCUGAGGAAAAGACAGUGCUGAUGUCUGUCUGUUGCAUUUCACCGCACAACCAAGGGCAUCCACUGUGGAAGCGGCUCUUUGUGGACGAUUUCAUGUGUGAGAUAUUAUCGAUAGAGGCUACUGCAUGUUUGAAAUGGUCGUGAAAUAUGGGUUGCCAUGAAAUCAGCUUUUAUAGGAUGUAAAAAGUUUUUUUUUUCUAUUGUGGGCAUGUGCCACAAUCUCCUGUGUUUACCCUUGAUUAAAUGAAUGCGGCGGAACAUCACAGCUUUCUUCUCACGCAGGAAGUGGUUUCAUACAUCCAUUUAUAAAUAGACUCACGUUUCUCACCCCACAAGAAGCCGAUAUUUGUGAGGUGGGGGGGGGGGAAGAGGGGGAGGCGUUUGGUUUUCGUACGACAAUAGAGUCGUGAUCACAUAUGUUAAAAAAAAUGUUAGUAAAUAAAAUGAGGGGAAUGCAUUUCAAUGUAAAGCUUCUGUUAUUCCCGAAUAUCUAGGCUAAACCUGUCAGCUCCGCUCCCCCCUCCUCCGUCGUGAAUGGUUCAGUCUUGGUUCAUUCAUAAAAUUCUAGCGGAGCAUAAAAGGAGGGGCUUUCAUUCUAGUCGUCCAGUUGCCAGGUGUCUACCUGGAGAAAAGACCCGCGCGCGCUCUUCCCCGCGGAAGGCCGCAGUCAUAUCCGAUUUGAUCGGGGCUUUGAUAUCUAUAUAUUAUUUGUUUUCUCCUCUUCCCUCCCGCGUGAUGUUUCAUAUCAACUUGACGCCUGACAUGGACGCAGUGUCGCCCGCCACACGCCGGACAGAGUCUCCUCCUGCCGGGACGCUGUGCCAGAAGAUGCCGCCAGAGGAGGCGAGCUCCCCAGCCUCCUCCUCCGAAGAGAGCAGUGCAAAGGAGGUUGGCCGGGAUGCGAGCUUUGAGGACGCUCAGUUUGUGCCGACAGUCACCGCAAUUUCCUCUACCCCAGAUUUCCAGUGGAUGGUCCAGCCUACGAUCAUCACAUCUGUCUCCCCGUCUCCGGGUAGCAAACCAGCCAAGGAGCCGCAGAGCUCCCACCGCACAGCAGCCAAAGCGGUCAGGAGCAAGGGGAAAAAUGCUUCCAGGAAGGGGAAAGCCGAGCAGCUCUCUCCAGAGGAGGAGGAGAAAAAGAGGGUACGGAGGGAGAGGAAUAAAAUGGCUGCAGCGAAGUGUCGCAACAGACGGAGGGAACUCACGGACACGCUGCAAGUUGAGACAGACCAGCUGGAGGAGGAGAGAGCGGCCCUGGAGACGGAAAUAGCCAACCUGCUGAAAGAGAAGGAGCGCCUCGAAUUCAUCCUCGCAACCCAUAAUCCCGCGUGUCAAAUGUCCGAAGAGCUGGAGGCUAUUUUCCAGGAGCCCGCAGCGUCCUUAGGGCUACCGCCCAGUCCGGACGAGGACAGACUUCCAGAGGACGGCACCCAGGAGGCUCCUUCGCUCCAGGACAUGGACAUCCCCAGCGACCCGUGCACAGCCAUCUCUGGGAACUCCAAUAUCUUGCUGUGUGCCAGCGCCGAAAUCAACAUCUGCGAUCUGGAGCCCUCGCUGGACAUUAAGGAGGGGCUGCUGGACGCCAUGCUGCCCACCCUGGAGGAGAAGAUGCCCAUGGAGACGGCUCGGUCCGUGCCAGACAUAGAUCUCAGCAGCUCUCUCGGGGUCUCCGACUGGGAGACCCUGUACAAGUCGGUGUCGAGCGAUCUGGAGCCCCUCAGCACGCCCGUGGUGACGUCCACCCCCACCUGCAGCAGCUACCUGUCUGUGUUCACGUUUGCAUAUCCGGAGCUGGACUCUGUGCCAGAGGGGCUGGACAGCCAUAAAGGCGGAGGGGGCAAAGCCGAGUCUGUUGACAUCCUCAACUCUCCAACUCUCCUGGCCUUGUAAUGUACAGAGGCACACGCUCUCUCUGGUUUCUCUGUCUUGCAGGUAGCUCUCUUUGAAAUGAUAUGGACCAUGUAUGCCACAGUGUGCUGUAACACCUCGAGGGAUACAGUCAUGAAAUGUCUCGUGCAGUGUGACUAAGCAGACAUGUAAACCUUCUCCAGACACCUAGCCGAUACAGUGAUGUAGCUAACAGCAUGGCUUGUAUUUGAACAGGAGGGACUGGAAGGUUUCGGGUUUUAACAAAACGCAUGCAGAGAAAUUCCAAAUACUUUUCAAAGCUCAUAUACUGUGUAUCUGAUCUGUUCCUAUAGAUCCUAAGACGUACCGUGGAAUUAAAUGUUACAGUAUGGUUUUGUGUUUCGGUGUCAAUCGUGUAUUGAUUGCUGUAAAUGUUGUAUUUACAUAUACAUCCAUGUUGAGUAUACUGCAUACCUCAAUGUCAUCAACUGUGGUUUGAGCUCAUCGUUACAAUGUCGAAAGUUUUCCAUGAAAACAUCCAGUGCUAUAAACUGUAUAUCUUAUCAAGAUGUAACUUAUGGUUUAUUUUUUUACCUUUCAGAUUUUUUUGUUUUAUUUGUUAAAAUGAAAAAAGAUGAUUCAAAUGAGCAUUGAUUGCUUAUCUAUGCUGCUGAAUACUGAACAAUAAAUCUACAGUCAGA